AUAAAUUGGAGGAGUGGAACGACUUUCUCUUUUUCUCUCUCUUUUCUCCUUCUCCUUCACCUCUCGUCCAAUAAUACUGGAGUAAUAAUAAUUUGUCAUCUUUCCGACCUGUCCCCGGCGAAAUCUCGGCGAUCGCCCGAUCACACUGACGGAGACUCCUCCGCCGCCGCCGACUUCUUUCUCUCUCUCGGAGUCGAUUGUUGAGGAAGAAAUAAGAACAAGAAGAAGAAGUAGAAGAAGAAACAGACAAAGGAAAUGGAAGGGACCAACUUUGGGCUACGAAAUGUGAGCUCGCAUUGCUCCAUUUCGGACAUGGAUGACUAUGACCUCUCACGCCUUCUUGACAAGCCCCGGCUCAACAUUGAGAGGCAGAGGUCCUUUGAUGAGAGGUCACUGAGUGAGCUCUCCAUUGGCCUCACAAGAGUCGGCUUGGACAACAUGGACAGCACCUACUCCCCCGGUGGAAGGUCUGGUUUUGACACUCCUGCUUCUUCUACUCGCAACUCGUUCGAGCCCCACCCUAUGGUUGCCGAGGCAUGGGAAGCUCUCCGCCGCUCUUUGGUCUUCUUUCGUAACCAGCCUGUGGGCACUAUUGCUGCAUACGAUCAUGCCUCUGAGGAAGUUUUGAAUUAUGAUCAGGUUUUUGUCCGAGAUUUUGUACCAAGUGCUCUGGCUUUCCUAAUGAAUGGUGAGCCAGAGAUAGUUAACUUCCUCUUGAAGACCCUGCAGCUUCAAGGAUGGGAAAAGAGAAUAGACAGGUUCAAGCUUGGGGAAGGUGCAAUGCCAGCAAGCUUCAAAGUUCUUCAUGACCCUAUCCGAAAGUCAGAUACAAUCAUUGCAGAUUUCGGAGAGAGUGCAAUUGGACGAGUUGCUCCUGUUGACUCUGGUUUUUGGUGGAUUAUACUGCUCCGUGCAUAUACAAAGUCAACUGGGGAUUUAUCUCUUGCGGAAACAGAAGAUUGUCAAAAAGGAAUGAGGCUUAUAUUGACUCUAUGUCUGUCAGAAGGUUUUGACACGUUCCCAACAUUGCUUUGUGCUGAUGGAUGCUCCAUGAUUGAUCGUAGAAUGGGAAUUUAUGGUUAUCCUAUUGAAAUCCAAGCUUUGUUCUUUAUGGCAUUGAGAUGUGCCUUGUCAAUGCUGAAACCUGAUGGAGAAGGAAAAGAAUUCAUAGAACGAAUUGUUAAGCGUUUGCAUGCCUUAAGUUACCACAUGCGAGGUUACUUCUGGCUUGAUUUCCAACAACUAAAUGACAUAUACCGUUACAAGACUGAAGAGUACUCACACACGGCUGUAAAUAAGUUCAAUGUCAUUCCUGAUUCCAUCCCAGAUUGGGUAUUUGAUUUUAUGCCAUGCCGUGGUGGCUACUUUAUUGGCAAUGUGAGUCCUGCAAGGAUGGAUUUUCGAUGGUUUGCUUUGGGUAACUGUGUUGCAAUUCUAGCUUCUCUUGCAACCCCAGAGCAAUCAAUGGCUAUAAUGGAUCUCAUUGAAUCUCGUUGGGAAGAGUUGGUUGGAGAAAUGCCAUUAAAAAUAUGUUAUCCAGCAAUAGAAAGUCAUGAGUGGCGAAUCGUAACUGGUUGUGAUCCCAAGAAUACCAGAUGGAGUUACCAUAAUGGAGGAUCUUGGCCAGUGCUUCUAUGGAUGCUAACUGCUGCGUGCAUUAAAACGGGAAGACCACAAAUCGCAAGACGGGCAAUUGAGCUUGCUGAGAGUCGUCUGCUAAAAGAUGCUUGGCCAGAAUAUUAUGACGGGAAACUCGGAAGAUAUAUUGGUAAACAAGCAAGGAAGUACCAGACAUGGUCGAUAGCAGGAUAUCUGGUUGCAAAGAUGUUGCUAGAGGAUCCGUCACACUUGGGGAUGAUUUCGCUCGAAGAGGACAAGCAAAUGAAGCCCGUUAUUAAGAGAUCGUCGUCUUGGACUUGCUGAGGAGCCCAAAAAAAA